GCUUCAACAAACUAUAUAAGUCGUGCAAGAGCAAUAAAAAAAUUGCAGUUAAAUUUGAAGGAUUUUCGGCGAUUAUGUAUUCUUAAAGGAAUUUAUCCACAUGAACCUUUACAUAAGAAAAAGGUUAAUAAAGGAAGUACGGAAAAUCGUGUUUAUUAUUAUGUGAAAGAUAUUAAUUUCCUUGCAUCUGAACCAAUCAUUAAUAAAUUUCGUGAAUAUAAGAUUUUUCUAAGAAAAUUGAAAAAUGCAAAAGCGAAGCGUGAAUAUGAUCGAGUAAGACGUUUGUAUGCUAGAAAGCCAAGGUACCAGCUAGAUCGAAUUGUUAAAGAAAGGUAUCCAACUUUUGCAUCUGCAUUAAGAGAUUUAGAUGAUGCGUUGUGUUUAUGUUUUGCAUUCGCAACUUUACCUCAUACCAAGACCAUUACAACAUCUUUGGUAAAUUCGUGUAGACGGUUAACGGCUGAAUUUAAUCAUUAUUUAAUUGAAUCGCAGACUCUUUCUAAGGUAUUUAUAUCAAUAAAAGGUAUUUAUUAUCAAGCAGAAAUAAUGGGAGAACGAAUAACAUGGAUUGUCGGCCAUGAUCGUGGUGUAGGUCAUGUGUCACAAGUAGAUUUUGCAGUAAUGACCACUUUUGUUGAGUUUUAUAUCACCAUGCUUAGCUUUGUCAAUUUUCGUCUUUACCAAUCAAUUGGUCUUUUUUAUCCGCCACAAAUCGUUUUUUUAUCAAAUAAAAUCAAUGAAGAGGAGGAAGCAGAAAAAAUAUACAGUUUGGCACGUCCUUUGGCCAAACAGGUAAAAGAAGAGGAGCCAUUACCGGAUAUGGAUAUAAGCAGUGAAAUAAAUAGCGAAUUCGCUGAAAGGUUUAAUGAUAUGGAAAAGAAGAAUAAUCUUUUUGUGAACUGUAAAUUCUGGCUUAACAGAGAGACACCUAAGGAUUUGUUGGCGAUAAUAAUUCGGAGUUGUGGUGGAGGCGUAUCGUGGGAAAAUUGUCCUGCAGCUUUUUUUAAUGAAAAUGAUGCUUCAAUUACUCACCAGGUGAUUGAUCGUCCUUUUUUAUCAAAUACGAAUAUAAACAGGUUUUAUGUCCAGCCACAGUGGGUUGUCGAUUGCUUUAAUUUGAGGCGAAGACUUCCAUUAGAGAAUUACUUGCCUGGUGCUGUUUUACCACCACACCUCUCACCUUUUGUUUCUGAUACUUCAGGCGAAUAUAUUCCACCUGAGCGCAUUGCGCAGUUAAAGGAAUUAGUUGAAGGAACAAUUAAAGGAAAUCAUGGUAAUUUUUUAAAUAUUAACAAGGAACAAAAUAACAGUAAAAGCGAUGAAUUCCGUGUGGAAGAAGGGAAGACGCACAAAGAAAAUGUGCAGAAGUCCAUCGAUGAAAAGGUUUGCUAA